UCAUUUGCUCUCCGGUGUAUAUAAAUUCCAGGAGUACUCUCAGCGCCGAAACAUAAGCACCGUCAAGAGAUAGAGAUAGAGUGUGGGGGAAGGCCACCGCUUGAAGCGGCUUCGAAGAGCUCUGUGGAUUUCACUGCGACAGGAAAUUGGCAGGGAAAAAGAUGGCGGCGGCGAUACUGUCAGAUCUGGGGACGGAGGUACUGAUUCCGCUGUGCGCGGUGGUCGGAAUCGUGUUCUCGCUGGUCCAGUGGAUGCUCGUCUCGCGCAUCAAGCUCUCGCCGGAAGGCCACUCUUCGGCCAACAGCAAGAACGGCGGCGUCACCGAGUCGCUGAUUGAGGAGGAGGAAGGCAUCAAUGAGCACAACGUGGUCCACAAAUGCGCCGAAAUCCAGAGCGCCAUCUCCGAAGGGGCAACCUCCUUCCUUUUCACUGAAUAUCAGUAUGUUGGUAUUUUUAUGGUUGCCUUUGCUGUUUUAAUCUUCCUUUUCCUUGGAUCUGUGGAGGGAUUUAGCACGAAGAGCCGGCCUUGUACUUAUGACAACACCCAAACUUGCAAGCCUGCUCUUGCUACUGCUGCCUUCAGCACCAUAUCCUUUUUGCUUGGGGCUGUAACUUCAGUUGUUUCAGGCUUUCUUGGAAUGAAAAUUGCUACCUAUGCAAAUGCCAGAACAACUUUGGAGGCAAGAAAGGGUGUUGGCAAAGCCUUUAUCAUUGCAUUUAGAUCUGGUGCGGUCAUGGGCUUCCUCCUUGCCGCAAAUGGUCUUUUGGUGCUCUACAUUGCCAUCAACCUCUUUAAGCUGUACUAUGGUAAUGAUUGGGAAGGCCUCUUUGAAGCUAUAACUGGUUAUGGUCUUGGUGGAUCCUCUAUGGCCCUCUUUGGCAGAGUAGGUGGAGGUAUUUAUACGAAAGCUGCUGAUGUUGGUGCUGAUCUUGUGGGCAAGGUUGAGAGGAACAUCCCUGAGGAUGAUCCUAGAAAUCCAGCGGUGAUAGCUGACAAUGUUGGUGACAAUGUCGGGGAUAUUGCUGGUAUGGGAUCCGACCUGUUUGGCUCAUAUGCAGAAUCAUCAUGUGCUGCUCUUGUUGUUGCUUCCAUCUCCUCUUUUGGGAUCAAUCAUGAUUUGACUGCAAUGCUAUACCCUCUGCUUAUCAGUUCUAUGGGUAUCCUUGUUUGCUUGCUCACCACCUUAUUCGCUACUGAUUUCUUUGAAAUCAAGGCUGUAAAGGAUAUCGAGCCAACCUUGAAGAACCAACUCAUUAUCUCCACUGUGCUGAUGACUAUUGGUAUUGCUAUUAUCAGUUGGAUUGCACUUCCAUCUUCCUUCACCAUCUUCAAUUUUGGGGUGCAGAAAGAAGUUAAGAGCUGGCAACUGUUUUUGUGUGUUGGUGUUGGUUUGUGGGCUGGGCUUAUUAUUGGAUUUGUAACCGAGUACUAUACAAGCAAUGCAUACAGUCCUGUGCAAGAUGUUGCCGAUUCCUGCCGUACUGGAGCUGCUACUAAUGUUAUUUUUGGCCUUGCAUUGGGAUACAAAUCAGUCAUUAUUCCGAUUUUUGCCAUUGCCAUCAGCAUUUUUGUUAGUUUCACCUUUGCUGCUAUGUAUGGUAUUGCCGUUGCUGCCCUUGGAAUGCUUAGCACCAUAGCAACUGGCUUGGCCAUUGAUGCAUAUGGUCCCAUCAGUGACAAUGCUGGAGGCAUUGCUGAGAUGGCUGGCAUGAGCCACAGAAUCCGGGAAAGAACUGAUGCUCUUGAUGCUGCAGGAAAUACCACAGCUGCUAUUGGAAAGGGUUUUGCAAUUGGGUCAGCAGCUCUUGUAUCCUUAGCCCUCUUUGGUGCAUUUGUGAGCCGAGCAGAGAUUUCCACUGUGGAUGUGUUGACACCAAAAGUUUUUAUUGGACUGAUUGUGGGUGCAAUGCUUCCUUAUUGGUUUUCUGCCAUGACAAUGAAGAGCGUGGGAAGUGCAGCUCUUAAAAUGGUUGAGGAAGUGCGGAGGCAAUUCAACUCCAUCCCUGGACUCAUGGAAGGCACUGCAAAGCCUGAUUAUGCCAACUGUGUGAAGAUCUCCACGGAUGCCUCCAUCAAAGAGAUGAUUCCCCCUGGCGCUCUUGUCAUGCUUACACCCCUCAUUGUCGGAAUCUUUUUUGGUGUAGAAACACUAUCUGGUGUGCUUGCCGGAUCCCUUGUCUCUGGUGUACAGAUUGCUAUCUCUGCUUCUAACACUGGUGGUGCUUGGGAUAAUGCCAAGAAGUAUAUUGAGGCUGGUGCUUCCGAGCAUGCAAGAACCCUCGGCCCUAAGGGAUCUGAUGCACACAAGGCAGCUGUGAUCGGUGACACUAUUGGAGACCCACUGAAGGACACAUCCGGGCCAUCUCUGAACAUCCUCAUCAAGCUUAUGGCUGUCGAAUCACUUGUUUUUGCACCCUUCUUCGCCACUCAUGGUGGUCUGUUAUUCAAGAUUUUUUAGAACGUGAUCAUGCUGUGCCAUGGGGGAGAUACCGAGUUUUCCUCUAGUCUGUCUCUCGGCCCUUGAGCAAUUCUCUUUCUUUACCUCUUUUCUCUCCGGUCUCCUCCUAGCAUUUGUCUCCACUAAUUUAGUUUCUGGUGUUUGUUAAGUUAUGAAAACUGUAUGGUUCUAGGUUUGAGUUGGUGGAUAGCAAUUUUCCAUUGUGGGGCUGAAUGAUGCUGCUGAUGAUAAUGGCAAAUCUAAUGAAGAGCUGGGUCAGCCUUGGUAUUUUUUGAUUGAGUAAACGAACGGGCUAAUGUUUAUUAUUCAUCAUCAUAUUUGCAACUUGCAAAGUUGUUGGUUGACA